GGGCGUUAGAGAGAGACAGUGGGCGGAGGGUGACAGCGGCCGCAAUCAUCACGCCCAUCUCCCCCACUGACACGUCCACACACGCCCACAUAUACCCAGUAACACGCCCGCGCACGCCCCCGGCCCCUGUCAAUAAGCUUUCCAUGCACUAUUAACGGAUAAAAAAAAUCUUCCCGAUUGUUACAGGAGACGCCGGUGUUUCCGGCAUCAAUUAUACGGACGUCUCGCGGCCGGUAGUGUUUCAGUGCAGCGAGUGUGAGUGAAAGUAUUGCUGGAACUGACUCCGCGUCCGAGGCUUCCACUUACAGUCAGCGCUCACUCCCGGGGUCACCUUCUUCAAAGUCUUCUGCUGAUUGAAGGGUAAUGAGGCCAGUUGCGCAUGGCAGGUACCCAACAGCUUCGAUUCCAGACUUGUCCGUCUGUACCAGUUCCUAAGAAUUUGUUGUCGAACUGAUCAGUUGGGAACUAAAAUAUAAGAUUGGUGGAAGGCACUGCCAUUAUCCAGCACUGAGGGAACCCGUAGUGUGUGUGUGUCAGUGCGUGGGAGGUUGCGUCGGCCUCAAGUGCCUCUUGUGGUAGACAUGGAGGAGAAGAACCAGCUGCUGGGAAUGGAGAACCCGAGGUUCGACUCCCUGGCGCUACGGCGGAACUCCUCUUCCCCCAACAACAGUGGGAGUUCCGGCAGCAAGGGCCCGCCCCGCCAAAACGACCAGAGUGCGAGUGACUCGUCGGGGGCGGUGGUGGGGGCGGCGGAGGACCAGAUCACCUACUCCUGGAACAACGUCAACGUCUACUCCAAUCCAGACGCCGCCGCUAGCUCCGGCUUCUUCAGAAGAAAGAAGAAGGAGUCCACUGAGAAACACAUUCUUAAAAAUGUGACUGGGAUCUGCCGCCCCGGGGAGCUGCUGGCCAUCAUGGGGGCGUCCGGGGCCGGCAAGACGACGCUCCUCAACGUCCUCACUCACCGCAACAACGACAAGCUGCGCGUCACCGGCGACCUCUACGUCAACGGCAGAGCUGUUGAUCCUGAUGCCCUCACCAGCCGCUCCGCCUACGUCCAGCAAGACGACCUGUUCAUUGGCAUGCUCACCGUCAGGGAGCAGCUCAAGUUCCAGGCCAUGCUCCGGAUGGACCGAUACCUGACCUUCGACCAGCGGAUGACACGAGUGGACGAGGUCAUCAGUGAGCUCGGACUGAGCAAGUGUGCGGACACUAAGAUUGGUGUACCUGGGCGGAUCAAGGGCAUCUCCGGCGGAGAGAUGAAGAGGCUGGCCUUUGCGUGUGAGGUGCUGACCAACCCGCCACUCAUGUUCUGCGACGAGCCCACCUCCGGCCUCGACUCCUUCAUGGCCCAGAACGUGGUUGCGGUGAUGAAGAACAUGGCUGAGCGAGGCAAGACCAUCAUCUCCACCAUCCACCAGCCCAGCUCCGAGGUCUACGCCAUGUUCGACCGCGUCUUGCUGAUGGCGGAGGGCCGCGUUGCCUUCCUGGGAGAGGUCGACGCCGCUUACCAGUUCUUCAACAGGAUCGGCCUUCCCUGUCCUCCCAAUUACAAUCCGGCUGACUUCUUCAUCUCGACGCUGGCAGUGCAGCCGGGCAAGGAGGAGGCCUGCAGGAGGGCCAUCACCAUGAUCUGUGACGAAUUCAGCAAGUCGGACGACGGCGUGAGCAUCAGCCGGGCCGUCAAGGAGAACUCCAAAGAGAUGGAACAGCAGCGGUACGACAGCCUGGGAGACCAGGAGGUGAGGAAGUCGCCCUACAAGGCCUCCUGGUGGACUCAGUUCCGCAAUGUUCUCUGGCGCUCGUGGCUGGAGGUGAUCCGGGAACCCAUGCUCAUCAAGGUCCGCUUCCUCCAGGUCAUGGCCAUCGCCCUGCUGAUCGGGUUGAUCUACUGGGGUCAGCAGCUGACCCAGGAGGGUAUCACCAACAUUAACGGCGCCCUCUUCCUCCUCCUCACCAACAUGACCUUCCAGAAUGUCUUUGGCGUCGUCAGUACGUUCUGCGCCCAGCUGCCCAUCUUCUUAAGGGAGCACUUCAACGGGAUGUACCGCGCUGAUGUCUACUUCCUCUCCAAGAUGUUGGCCGAGACGCCCUUCCACAUCACGUACCCCUUCGCCUUCGUCGCUAUCGUCUACAACAUGGUCGGUUUUACUGGCGACUAUGUCAACUUCUUCAUCUGUGCCGGCAUCGUUGUGCUCGUGGCUAACUGUGCCAUAUCCUUUGGUUACAUGAUCUCCUGUAUGGCCAAGAAUCUGAGCGUGGCGCUGGCCAUCUCCGCCCCGUUCAUCAUCCCCCUCAUGCUGUUUGGCGGCUUCUUCCUCAACAGUGGGUCGACGCCCUCUUACCUGACAUGGAUGAAGUACUUGUCGUGGUUCAGCUAUGGCAACGAAGCCCUGCUGGUGAACCAGUGGAAGGAGGUGGAGAACAUCGCCUGCAACAAGAACCAGACCUGUUUCCCCAACGGCUUGGCGGUCCUCUCCUUCCUCCACUACGAGAACGGCAGCAUCAUCUACGACGUCUUCUGCCUUCUCAUCCUCAGCGUGGCGUACAGGACCGUGGCCUUCUUCGCCCUGCUCGCCAAGACGUACAGGAAGCAGUAGGCAGCUCUCAGGUUACAUCCCCGCCAGCAUUUCCUGGCUGCUGGCGUGGAAGCGUCCUCAGUAACGUCCCAUAUGGCCCUGCUCUCAGUAACGUUCCACUUCACUCAGCUCUCAGUAACGUCCCACUUCACUCAGCUCUCAGUAACGUCCACGUCAUCACCCUGGUCUGUGCCUCAACAACACCGCCACAGCUCCUUGCAAGGAGGAACACCAGGUCUACCUGUUCUCGGCACAACCUGUUUAGGCUGGAGCAGACUGCGUCACAAAUCAUGAUAGAGCAGAGGCUGCUGCCAGUGGCUGGGGGGUGGCCCUCGCCGCCACUUACAUCACUAAACAGACUGGCGGUGAUGGGCCUGUGUGUG